ACCGCCUUUCCUAUUUAUUGCAGGCGGACAGCGGGAGCUCACAGAUAGUUGUACUGCCAGGAGGUCCGGGAGUGCAGAGUGCAGGCAGCGCUAACAGCUCAAAGAGCAGAGUGCAGGCACCGCAUAAGUCAGUGACAGCUCAGGCGGCACUCAGGUCACUGGAGCAUCUUCAGGGGACAACAUUCUAAUAAUAAGGAGUACGGGCACAUCAGGCACCUGCAGGAAACAAGUCCAGGCUACAACCCCACAGGGAGCACCCAGACCCCUCUAACCGGACUACAGACUCACAGCACAGGGGCACACAGAACUGAGUGUGGGUUAGAGACCGAGGAGCCCAGGGCCACAGGGGUCCGCUCCCCCUGGCCGGGCUCGAGGUAUCGGGCGGCGGAUGGAGCUCCCGUGAUCAGCAGCCCAGGGAGCCCCAUGCAGCUGCCCCCGGUAGUUCUGCUGCUCUGCGGCGCCGCGCUGCUCCUGAGCCCGGCUGUGAGGGGCUGCGGUCCGGGCAGGGUAGUGGGCAGGAGGCGCAGACCGGCGAAGCUCAGUCCGCUCUCAUACAAGCAGUUUAGCCCCAAUGUGCGCGAGAAGACGCUGGGGGCUAGCGGGAGGUACGAGGGCAAGAUCGCCCGCAAUUCAGAGCGCUUCAAGGAGCUCACCCCUAACUAUAACCCGGACAUCAUCUUCAAGGACGAGGAGAACACCGGGGCGGACCGACUCAUGACACAGCGCUGUAAAGACCGUCUGAACUCUUUGGCCAUUUCUGUCAUGAACCAGUGGCCAGGAGUCAAGCUACGAGUGACCGAAGGCUGGGAUGAGGACGGCCAUCACUCUGAAGAAUCCUUACACUAUGAAGGACGGGCUGUGGACAUUACCACGUCUGACCGAGACAGAAAUAAAUACGGGAUGUUGGCCAGGCUGGCUGUGGAAGCUGGAUUCGACUGGGUGUACUAUGAGUCUAAAGCCCACAUUCACUGCUCUGUGAAGUCAGAACAUUCUGCAGCAGCAAAGACUGGUGGUUGCUUCCCAAAAGGAGCUUUGGCUACAACAGAAUCUGGUGAAAAGGUUCCCGUCUCAGAACUCCGUCCUGGUAUGAGAAUAUUGGCCAUGGAUAAUAAUGGACACACAACGUACAGCAACUUCCUGACCUAUUUAGACCAGGAUCCCAAAGCAGACCAUAUGUUCCAGGUGAUAGAAACUCUUGACCCACCAAGAAGACUAUCUCUAACACCUACACAUCUUAUUUUUGUGUCAGAAAACUUUACAAUACCAGCUUCUAAUUUUCAAGCUGCGUUUGCCAGCAAUGUCAAACCGGGGCAAUAUAUCUUAGUAUCUGGUGUGCUAGGCCUGUUACCAGCUAAAGUCAUCUCAGUCACUACUAAGAUAGACACUGGAGUUUAUGCACCUUUAACCCAACAUGGGACAUUGGUGGUGGAUGAAGUGGUGGUUUCUUGCUUUGCCCUGGUACAAAAGCAAAAGCUGGCCCAGAUGAUGUUUUGGCCUCUCCGCUUAUUUUACACUCUAGGAGGGGAGUUGGGAAGUGCCUCUCAGGGGGUGGGUGUUCAUUGGUAUAGUCAAGUGCUUUAUAACUUGGGACGAAUUUUGCUACACGAAAAAGAUUUUCAUCCUCUUGGACUCGUCCAGCUGGAGGGUUGAGUAUCAGACAAGACAGUAGUGGAGACCAAAUAAAGGCAAUCUCCUGGAAAUACAACAUAUGAAUCAGUUAUAUCCUUCUAUGUAACCUAUACUCUUAUAAGAAGAGAAUUCUGUCUCUAGAAAGGAGGACAUAUUGAUUGAAUCCGGAUUAAUGUUGAUUCCAGGUCAUGAAAUAAAUCAGAGAAAGUGCCCUCUAUUAAAUAGUUGACGUUAUAUGAUUACUUAUUUGACAAUCACCACAAUGGUACUUUAGAAGCACAAUGAUCAAGUUAUUGUCCCACAGUAGCAGAUCAAAGACUAAAGCAGACAACACAUAGCAACCUAAGGGCUCUCACAGAAUAUUUAGUGGGCUAAUAUUAACAUUAUGGCGCAUUUCCUCUUAGAAUUAAUUUGCUACAUAUGUAAUUUUCUGAAUAUUGAAUAGGUGAAUUAUGGGCAUUAAAAGCUUCAUGAAAUGUGGGAUUUCACUAGCUUGGACCAAAGUCUUGGCUUCUCCGGACCUCAGUAGGACACCCUAUAACCUUAUGAAACAGUAUGAGGGGUUUCAGUUUCAAGGUACUUCACUGUUUACUCAGAAGAGCAAAAUAUGAUAUUUAUUUUCUAUACAUCUGCAUCCAUGAGAGCAAUGCUAAUUGUCAUACUAAAGGGUCUCAGCUCACAAUAUGUUACCCACAAUAACAAUACUAAUUUGUGGCUUUCCAUUAAGUUAUAUCUUAGUGUAUACAAUUCCUGGCAAAAUUAUUCCUUAACCGCACUGAAAGAAGCUGAAACGUGACCAAGGAAGUCUCAGCCGAUCUCACUGUAUUGUAGUCACAGCAAGUCAAAUAUUCAUGUGCAUUACAUUGCAUUUGUCAGAACUAUCUACAAUGGACUUUUACUAUUAAAUUAUUUGUUUUAUGUAUUUUUCCGAUAAGCUUCAUAAAAUCACCCCACAAGACAGCCAAGUAAUACAGAUGUUUGAAACAAAGAAAAAAAUGGACACAAUCUAUACUUGUACUUGAUGUAAAUUUCUCUGACACCUCCCCUAGUUUCAUUAUACAAAAUCCAAAUUAAAUCUAAAUCCAGAGUCUAACCAUCAAGCUAAGACAUUUGACAUGUUUUUAUUCAAGACAUUUUACCAGUUGAUUUUCAGAAACAAAAAAAAAAAGUGUUCAGAUUCUGUCAUGAAAAAAGUUUAAUGCUGAAUAUGUCUACGGUAUUGUUUGUGAUCCAGGUCUUUUUCAUUAUGCAUCACAUUCGAUAUUUAGGAAUAAAUCAAUUUCCUAUAAAUAUAUUUAAAUGUAACAUUGAAUUAUGCUUAGUAGACUAUUUUUUUCAAAAUGAAGCACAGCUAUUUAGCUAUUUUUUUGUAACCUUUUGAAGACCAAGGUAUUCAAUUCUCAUUACCAAUUCCCCCAUAGCCAAUCAGCCUCUUAUUAAAUUAGACUUUUUAUUUAAAAAAAAUAAAUACUUAAUCUUUCUUAUUGCUUUCAUAAAAGAAGAUACAAGUAAUCAUUAGACAUGUAAUGUAGAAUUACUUUAGAUGCUUAAAAAUGAUUAAUCUAUUUUGUUUUACUUGUUAUCAUUAUUUCGUUAUGUCCUUUACCAUUCAGUACUUUAUCAAUGUUGUUUAAAAUGAUUCAUGAUAAAAUGUUAGAUCAAUCAUGGGGUCCUCACAAGAAAACUAUUUUGUAUUAAAACAUUUACAGUUAAAAGGACAUUAAACGCAUUUGCUUUUGCGUAGAAAAUUCUGCUUUGUCCAACUCUAUAAAAAGGCCAAAAAGAUAAAUCUACAACCUGGGUUUUUAUAAUGCUACAUAUUCUCUAAACCAGCUAAUUGAUUUACAGGUUAAAGAAUUGUCCUUCUAGGGAGCAUGGAACACAGUUUUUACACAAAAGCAAGAGGCUUUAAUGGACUUUCAACACCAUGAAGCAACUUUACCUUAAAGGCACAUUGUACUCUAAAAUGUUCUCCAUUUUAAUGUGUUUCCAAUGGUUCAUUGUACUUACUGGACUCUAUUCAAUUGUCUGCAAAUAACACCUUUACAUUUAUUUAGUUAUUUGAAAUAACCUGUAGAAAUCACCAUCUAUGCCGAAAAUAUGAAUAACAAACAUAUUCUCUGUAGAAAAGUUACGUAAUCAGGAGAAAAUUGCACUAAUUAAUAUCCCAGUGGGGCAUGUCACAGAGCACCAUAGGUGAUGGUUUUAUUGAGCAAAAACAACUAUUUAAAAUACAAAUAAACAUGAAGGAACAGUUUUCCUUACAUUUAAUACUCUGCAGAAGGAUUAACAGGCCAUUUGGAACACAUUAAGGGGAAACCAAUUAUAUAGUGCAGUGUCCCUUUAAUUACUCUGUUACCAUUUGGAAGCCAUCAAUUUGCAAGCUCAAAUUAAAAAAAGCUUCAUGCACAUUUGCAGUAAUUGUAUCCUGAACAUGUAAUUUUGUAUGUUUUGUUGUUUAUAUAAUUUAAUAUGAUAUAUGUUAAUGGUAAUCUGUAUGAACAGAAUGCACAUGAAUUUGCUUGCUUGCCAUGUUUUAGAAUGUUCAUUUUGCUAAUUCAAAUUCUGAAUGAAACAAUUGUGGACAAAUUCCAAAAUAAACAAUAUCAAAAAACACAUUAAAAGAAA